AUGGCAAUAAUAACAAAAAAAAAGAACCAAAUUAUAAAAAAAGGGAAAUCAAAAAAUAUGGUUCCAAGUAUGAAAAAUAGUAAAGAUGGAAAAAAAGUAGGAGAGAAAAAAAAAGAUAAAUAUAAUAUAUGUUCCAAUCCAUUUUUACAAAAGGAAGAUAUAAAACCGUUUGAUAUAAGUAAUAUGGAAUAUGACCACAUUGAGUCCGAAAUUGAGGAAGAAAAAAAAUUAGAACAGCAAAAAAUUCAACAAGAUAAAGCUUCUUUCAACUUAUUGCUGAAAAAAAGAAUUAAACAGAUGAAUAAACAAACGGAAAACACUCAAGACAAAGAGGAUGAUAGAUAUUCGUUUCAAGAUGAAAUUGCGGAUUUUGGAAAAAGCUGGUACGAAGAAAAACUAGUUAAUGAUAUCCCAAGAAAAUUGACCAUUUUUUAA